AUGACGGAUAAGCUCCCUCCCAACCUGUUGGCGCUCUUCGCGCCGCGCCCUCCUCUGCGAUGGGUUGCGCCUCCCGACCAUGCGCCCGAGGCCCGACGAACCCUCCCCGUCUCUGGACUCGCUGAGUUCCUUCCCGCCCUUCAGCAAUACAAGGAGGAGGACGACUACAAGCCGACGGAAAGUUGGCUUCAGAUGCGCGACCGCAAGAAGCUCGAGAAGCAGGCAGCUGUUGAGAAGCUCAAGACUGAGGGGCCGAAGGACUUCAAGCCGCACGAGGAUCCCAACAUUCGUGGCGACGCUUUCAAGACGCUCAUUGUUGCGCGACUCUCGUACGAGGCAAAUGAGCAAGACCUUGAGAGAGAGUUUGGUCGUUUUGGCCCUAUUGAGCGCAUCCGCAUCAUCACUGACACGCAUGCCCAUGAGAGACCCAAGAAGAAAAAGAAGCCCCACCGAGGAUACGCUUUUGUAGUAUUUGAACGAGAGAAAGACAUGAGAGCUGCUCUAGAUGCCUGCGAUGGUAUUCGAAUCAAAGACCGACGUAUCAAGGUAGACGUCGAAAGAGGCCGCACCGUCAAGGGCUGGGUACCCCGCCGAUUUGGCGGUGGUCUCGGUGGCAGAGGUUACACCAAGGCUCUUCCUGCCCGUCCCAUGGGUGGCGGACCCGGUGGCAACUUUGGCGGUGGCUUCCGAGGCGGUUUCCGUGGCGGCUUCGAGGGAGGUCGCGGACGUGGAGGCUUCAGGGGAGGUGGUGGUGGUUUCGGUGGCCGUGGUGGCUUCCGCGGCGGCGGCGACUUCGGCUCCAGGGGUGGUGACCGCGGACCGAACGGAUACGGCGCACCCAGAGACGCCCCUUCAGGACCUGGUCGCGGCUUCGGAGGCGAUCGUGGUGACCGAGGCGACCGCAGCUUCUCCGGUGGUGGGUAUGACCGUGGUGGUGGCCGCUCAUAUGACGACAGAUCUGGUGGUGGUGGUGGUGGUGGUGGCGGCGGCGGCGGCGGCGGCUACCGCGAUGGAGGCCGCUUCGGUGAUCGGGACCGUGACGGUGGCCGACGGACUGGAAGCAACAUGGAACCCAUCAGGCCUAGAGGGGAAGGUGGGUAUCGCGAUCGUGGUGACCGCGGAGAUCGAGGCGACAGAGAGGACCGGGACCGCGGCCGAGACAGAGACAGAGAUUACGACCGACCCCGCGAUGACGACAGUAGAAAACGCGGCUACGAAGGCGGUGGCUACGAGGAUCCUCGCAAGUUGCGUCGUUACUGA